AUGGAUAGCAUGAGUGAGGCAUUUGAUCAAAUGCAAAUGGUCAAGGAUGUUCUGCCAACAGUGAUAAAGUUUCAGAGGUCCUACAAGAGUCUACUCAUCAGUUCAACCUGCUUACUUCACCCACCUUUCCUACCAAAGGUCAAGGAUCAAGGGAAAUUCACUCUCCCUUGCACACUUGGGCAUCUUGAGAUUGACAAUGCCUUAGUGGAUUCUGGAGCAAGCAUCAAUCUGAUCUCUCUCUCCAUGGCAGAGAAGCUAGGCAUUGCUGGAGCCUUGCAGCGCCCUACUACUUCAAUCAUGUUUGGAGAUGCAACUUCUAAGUCUCCUCUUGGAGUGUUCAAGAACUAUCACUUGAAAAUUGGAGAAUGCAUCAUCCAAACUGAUCUCACUGUGAUGGAAAUGGAAGAAGAGAAGGAUUUACCUCUGUUAUUGGGAACCCCUUUCCUUAGUACAGUUGGCGCUUCAAUAGACUUUCACAAGCAAGAAGUGAUCCUUCACAAGGUGAAUAGUUUGGUGUCAUAUCGCUUGCAGCCUAGAGGUUCAGACUUUUGUGCCACAAUUGACAGUACCACUCUCAGUUCUAAGAGUCAUGGAGCUACAAAGGUUGUGAAGGAAAGGGUUGACAAAGAACCAAGAGUUGGGAAGGAUAAGGUUGAGAGAGGACCAAGGAUUGAGAAGCCACGUCUUGAGAGGGCUAGAGUUGAGAAACCACGAAGGGCUCUAAAAGAAGGGGAGGAUGUAGCCUCUAAGGCAAGACCAGGAGAUAAAAGAAAGGAUCCACCAGCUCAGGCCCCUUCAGUCAAGCCAUCUCAGCUCACAAUGACUUUGUUCCCCACCAAGUUUGAAAAUGGGAAGAUUGAGUACAAGAUAAGGUACAAGGGGAGAUCAAGGCCAUUCUCUAGAGCCAAGGCCUUGGUGACUUCAGAACAGUCCAGGGACCCAACCAAGCUAAAGGAGCUUCUGUCUCAAGUCCUCACUAUCACCCUUGAUGGUGGGACUAGCUCAACCAAUGCCUAA